AUUUCGAGUGCGCCUCGUGCCUACCUGAAUACCUUCUCGUAUGGAACCCAGCCCCUGCUGGCUGCUGCCUUCUCUCCGAUCCUGUCUGAGGGAAGGUUCAACUCAAGCUCGCAAGCACGACGUAAUAGUUGCGAAUCCAUUCGAUUCCCCUACAUUUACAACUACCCAUUCUUCCCCUGUUUGCUUCCCUUCCUGUUGACUUUGCCCAAUCCCUUUCCUCUCAGCUCUCUCCUCACACCCGCGGAAACAGAAACCAUUGGGACCGUUUGAUGGAGAGUGAGGUUGCACCUUCCUGAUACGGGAGGCUUUGACUCGGCUGGCGAGUCCUUAUUGGGCACAUACAUGCACAUACGGCGCUGCAGUGAUGAGAGGAAGCUUCUGGUUCAACCGUCGUACGGAGCAGAGAUUCCGGCAGUUUGCCAUAACGCCCGUUAAAUCAUUGAAGAUCAAGCUCCUUCUCUGCUGUUGCAUUUCCUUAACGGUGAUCGCCUUUACCAGCAGCGCUUCCUCCUUCAUGGCAUGGACCAAUGAACGCUCCGCUCUGCAUCACUCGUCUGUUUCAGGGAAAGGAUAUUCUAUUGUAAUGAACACAUGGAAGAGAUAUGAUCUCCUAAAGCAGUCCAUCAAGCACUAUGCAUUGUGUCCUCGCCUUGAAUCAGUGCAUAUAGUGUGGAGUGAACCCAGUCCUCCUUCACAUUCUCUUAUGAAAUUUUUGCAUCAUGUAAUACAGUCAAGGUCUAAAGAUGGGCGGCAUGUCGAAUUGAAGUUCGAUAUAAACAAGGACGACAGUUUGAAUAAUAGAUUUAAAGAAAUCAAGAAUUUGGAGACAGAUGCUGUCUUUUCAAUUGAUGAUGAUGUUUUCUUUUCAUGCUCUUCAGUAGAAUUUGCGUUCGAUGUUUGGCAAAGUGCACCAGAUACAAUGGUGGGGUUUGUGCCUCGAUCUCAUUGGGUGGUUUCAUCGAGAGGUAAUGGUGAAAAAUUUAAAUAUGGUGGAUGGUGGUCAGUGUGGUGGACGGGUACAUAUAGUAUAGUGCUCUCCAAGGCAGCAUUUCUCCACAAAAAGUAUUUCAGUCUCUACACAAAUGAGAUGCCAAGAUCCAUUAGAGAAUAUGUAACCAAGAACAGGAAUUGUGAGGAUAUUGCUAUGUCUAUCCUUGUUGCUAAUGCUACUGGCACACCCCCGAUAUGGGUUAAAGGAAAUAUAUACGAAAUUGGAUCAACUGGCAUUAGUAGUUUGGGAGGUCACAGUGAUCGAAGGACGGAGUGCCUCAACAGAUUUGCUGCGGAGUAUGGGCGGAUGCCAUUGGUAUCUACUACAUUGAAGGCUGUUGAUGGCCGCAACACCUGGUUCUGGUGAUGCUGACUUUUUACUUUACUUUUCUGUUGUAGAUGUUCCUGUGUCUUCAAUUAGCUCGUUGAUUUACUUGAUUCUUCGUAGUUUUUUUUUUUUUUUUUAAGGGACAAUCACACACAUGGGGGAGGAAACUCACGCACACUCUACACCCACAACCUCACCUAGGAUAACUGGCGACCUCCCCCCUCUUCUGAGGGGGCGUAGGAUGCCAUUGUGUCGCUAGGCCACUGGCGAUUCUUCGUAGUUAAUUAGCCGUACUAUAUUUGAUUCUUACACGCAAUCCAUGCAUUUUGGCGUGGGUAGUGGAUUUAGCACAUUUCUUGGAUCAAUCUAUUGUAUUGCUGACAUGGAAUACCAGGUUA